AUGUUAACAAGGUGCAUUAUUGUUGAGGUGAGGGAGCAUUUGAGAGCUUGUAAUGUAUAUAUUUUAUUAAAAGAAAAAAUUCAGAAGAGUGAUAUUUUCCAAGUUUGUGUGAAGGCAUCACUAAUAUUAUUGACAAAGAUUGCUGGUAAAACUACAGUUUCACAAAAAAUAAAAGUAACCACAUGUUCUCUCAUUCCUUGCAGUCUGUCAAAUUUAAAUAUGCAUAGCAAUUAUGUUUGCUUUAGAUUGCUAACUGAACCAAGCAAUGCUGUUUCAGGAUCAUUUGCUUCAGAAGUGCUACCACUUGUAAAUUUACAUUGUAAAAAUAAUGAGUUUGUUUUCACUCCAAUGUUGCAGAAAGGAAAGUCUUAUGAUAUUCAUUGCAAGUGUUGCUCUAAUAUGGUAUCAGUGUCAUCUGUAACUUUCCAAAGAUUUCUGCCGUUACCUAGUGGUUUCUUGGAAUUUGAAGAUUAUUUUUGUCAUACUCAUGGUCAGCAGAAUAAUCUCCAGUCCGCACCCUCGUGUAAAUCGUGUGACUGCUUGUAUGGUUCUUAUUAUUUCUUAAUUAAGCCACAUUUACUUAAAGUCAGUAGUGCAAGUGUAAUUAAAUGUGAUCGUUGUCUGUCUUGGAUAGGUACUCUUAACAAAGAUUUUGCAAAACUCUGGAGUUGCACUGUGUCAUUUGGGGCCGUGACAACAACAUCACAACCCCUAGAAGACUUCCUUAACGUAAUGAAAGAAUCUCUUGAAGGCAUGCCUGCCUCUGCUGGUAAAGUUUUAAUUGAGUGUGUUGUGUCAGAUAGUAAUACACACUAUAUUCUCCUGUGGGCAUUAGACAAAUUCCUUAAUGUACAUUGUAAUUUGAAUGGAAAAUAUUCUGCUGUAAGUGAAUCAGUUACUAAUAGUACUGUGACUAUCGUAGCAGAAACAAGUUUGCAGUCCAUGCAUACUAUGAAAGUUUUGUAUAAAUAUCAGGAGUGUGCUUCAGAUUGUGUAGGGCUAUGGCAGAAUGACAGGAAUGUACAUACUGUUGAUGUAGCAAAACAAAUGUUCAUUGCUGGUUUACAGCAUCUAAUGAAACAAACAGAAUACAUUCCAGAACCUUACAAGAUUGUUGAGGAUUUCUUUGUUGCAUAUAUUGAAUUGUAGAUACAGUUCACUUCCAACGUUGAUGAAAAUAUAAUUACCUUAAAUGCUCUUUUAAUUUCAGAGUGACAGUGUUGUGUGAUAACAGCCAGACUAUUUGUUGCGAUCUUAAUGUAAUAAAACGGAAUAUUUUUGCUCAUGUACUUGAAA